GUGGGAGCGAGAGAGCGGCUUGAAAAAUGGUCUCAAAAGUCCAACAGUCGCCGGAAUUUCUCAACCCUUAAGCAAGCAGUUAGCCUGAUCUAAUUUCAGUCUUCCAAAAAGUCGUCUCUCUCUCUCUCUCUCGAUAUAUAUAUAUAUAUAUAUAUCUGUCUCGUUCCUUACAGAUUCCGUGAAAAAUAUAUUCCGGGUCUUCGCUAAACCCGAAAAAUACUCGAUUUCCAAUCCCAAAACCAUAACCACCGAAGUUUCUCUUCUCUGGGUUCUGAUCUUCACCUCUCUUCGGACGGCCCAACCUGGGAUAAAAUGGGUAUAUAUCUCAGCAGUCCAAAAACUGAAAAGUUCUCUGAAGAUGGUGGCAAUGAUCGUCUAAGAUACGGUUUAUCAUCCAUGCAAGGGUGGCGCGCAGCCAUGGAAGAUGCUCAUGCCACAUAUCCUGAUCUGGAUGCAUCUACUUCGUUCUUUGGUGUUUAUGAUGGCCAUGGAGGUAAGGUGGUUGCAAAGUUCUGUGCUAAGUUUCUUCACCAGCAGGUGCUGAAGAAUCAAGCAUAUGCGGCUGGAGAUAUAGGAACUUCCGUUCAAAAAGCUUUUUUCAGAAUGGAUGAAAUGAUGCGAGGGCAAAGGGGAUGGAGGGAGUUAGCUGUUUUGGGAGAUAAAAUAAAUAGGUUCACUGGCAUGAUAGAAGGGUUGAUCUGGUCUCCGAGGAGCAGUGAUAGUAAUGAACAAGCAGACGACUGGGCCUUUGAGGAGGGGCCUCAUUCUGAUUUCAGUGGUCCAACUUCUGGGAGCACAGCCUGUGUUGCUAUUGUAAGGAACAAGCAACUUGUUGUUGCAAAUGCUGGUGAUUCUCGUUGUGUCAUAUCCAGAAAGGGGCAGGCAUACAAUCUGUCUAGAGAUCACAAACCCGAUCUUGAGGUUGAGAAGGAAAGGAUUUUAAAAGCUGGUGGUUUCAUUCAUGCAGGACGUGUUAAUGGAAGUUUAAAUCUUGCAAGAGCUAUAGGGGACAUGGAAUUCAAGCAGAACAAGUUUUUGCCUGCUGAAAAGCAAAUUGUAACUGCCAAUCCAGAUAUAAACAUUGUUGAGCUCUGUGACGAUGAUGAAUUUCUGGUGCUAGCAUGCGAUGGUGUCUGGGAUUGCAUGUCAAGCCAACAACUUGUUGAUUUUAUACAUGAACAGCUACACUCUGAAAACAAGCUCUCUGCGGUGUGUGAGCGAGUUCUUGACAGGUGCUUGGCACCGUCAACAGCUGGCGGUGAGGGGUGCGACAACAUGACCAUGAUCUUGGUGCAGUUCAAGAAACCUAUGCAGCCAACUGCAGAUGAGCAGCAAUCCUCACCGUCCACUGAGUCGAAACCUGCUGGGGACUCUGAAUCAAGCUAGUUGCUGCACUCUACCCACAAAGAUCACAUCCUUCAAACACAAAUAUCCCUGGUUAAACAAGAUUACGACUACUCUCAACUCCCACUUAUUGUCGUUUCUCGGUUCUUUAAUUGUAGAUGGUGCAACAUGAAAAGGGUGGAUUAGCUAUUAGGGGGGAGAGAUUCGUUUUUGUGCUCAUUGUGUGUUAGUUUUGGAAGUAGUACUACAACAUCACAACUUGAGUUUUUGUACAGAUGAUUUUAACCCAUAAGGUCUUUGAACAGAGCUUGUGCAGAAAAAUUCAUCAAAAGUUUCCUCCAUUCAUCUC